AACCAGCUUCUUAUUCUAGAGGAAGUAGGAGGUGUAACCAGGAAAAAAGAAAAAGGGUAGGAGGUGGAAGAAAGAAGAGGGUGCGAGACAAUGGCUUCUGAGAAAAGCAAGAUAUUAAUAAUUGGAGCAACUGGGUACCUCGGAAAAUACAUGGUGAAAGCAAGCAUAUCAAUGGGUCAUCCGACCUAUGCUUACGUUCGCCCACUCGGUUUAAACACCAACCUUUCCAAGCUACAACUCCAUGAGGAGUUCGAGUCCUUGGGAGUCACUCUAUUUCAAGGAGAGUUAGAUGAGCAUGAGAGGCUUGUCUCGAUACUUAAACAAGUAGAUGUCGUGAUUUCAACUCUUGCAGUUCCUCAACAUCUAGAUCAACUCAAAAUAAUUACCGCCAUGAAAGACGCAGGCAAUAUAAAGAGGUUUGUUCCAUCAGAAUAUGGCAACGAAGUGGACAGGGUGAGUGGGCUGCCUCCCUUCGAAGAAAUCCUUGAAAACAAGCGGAAGAUAAGAAGAGCGACGGAAGCAGCAGGACUGCCCUACACUUUUGUGUCAGCUAAUUCAUUUGCAGCUUAUUUUGUGGAUUACCUUCUUCAUCCACAUGAAAAUCCUAAAGAAUUCAUUAUUUAUGGAAGUGGUAAAGCCAAGGCUGUAUUGAAUUAUGAGGAAGAUGUUGCAGCAUAUACGGUGAGAGCAGCAACUGAUCCAAGGGUCAUGAAUCGUGUCAUAAUUUACAGACCACCAGAAAACAUUGUGUCUCAGUUAGAUUUGAUAUGUUCGUGGGAGAAGAAGACUGGGCGAACCUUAAAAAAGAAUCAUGUGCCAGAGGAAGAAAUUGUGAAGCUGUCUGAGGUUCUGCCUUACCCAGAAAACAUUCCAGUAUCUAUUUUGCACAACAUAUUCAUCAAAGGUGAUCAGAUGAGCUUUGAACUGACAGCAGAGGAUCUAGAGGCCUCCAGUUUAUACCCUGACUACAAGUAUACUUCAGUAGACAACCUCCUUGACAUGUGCUUGGUUACCCCUCCCAAGCCUAAAUUAGCAACAUUUGCAUGACCUGAUCCUGAUGUUAUUAGGACACAGCGAGUACUUUCGUCUUCUUUUUCUUUAUUUUCUCUAUCACUGUGUGUGCAAAAUAAGAGGCUACUCUUGGCUCAGGGAUCGCAUCACAUGGUGCUUAAUUGCGAAAGGCAACUGUCUCCUUUGGUACCUCAUCCACGGCUUUUUUUUUUCACUUAAAUAUGUUAAAUAAAAAUUUAUAUUUCUGGAUAUAA